AUGGCCAUCGAGAGGAAAAGGAAGCUGGACGUCUCGUCCACUGUCCCCGCCGGCAAGCUCGCCAAGGUAGCGCCGACGCCAAACGUCGGAGCAGCUUCUCCCAUGUUCGCCGACCAAGCCAGCGGGUCCAUCUUCAAUCCGUGGAAUGGGAAGCCCUAUUCCCAAAACUUCCACCGCAUACUCGACCAGAGGAAGACCCUCCCGGUUUGGCAACACAAGGAGGAGAUUUUGGACGCCCUGAGGAAAAAUCAAGUCCUCGUCCUCGUCGGCGAGACCGGAAGCGGCAAAACAACACAGAUCCCUCAAUUCGUCUUGGAGAUGAUGACGAUGACGGUGGCGGAAACGACCCCAGGCGACGACAAGAGAAGAAAAAAGAUGAUGGUCGGAUGCACUCAGCCUCGCCGAGUGGCGGCCAUGUCGGUAUCCCAACGAGUGGCCGAAGAGAUGGAUGUCACACUGGGCGAAGAAGUCGGCUACACGAUCCGUUUCGAAGACAAGAGCGGCCCUAAAACAGUGCUGAACUACUUGACCGACGGCAUGCUCCUGAGGGAAGCCACGGCCGAUCCGCUGCUGAGAAGCUACAGCGCGAUCAUUCUCGACGAGGCCCACGAGAGGACCGUGGCGACCGACAUCUUGUUCGGGCUCCUCAAACGAGUGCUGAGGAGCCGACCGGAUCUGAAAUUGGUGGUGAUGAGCGCGACAUUGGAGGCUGAAAAAUUCCAGGGCUAUUUCGGCGGGAAGGCGCCUCUCAUCAAAGUCCCCGGCAGGCUCCACGACGUGGAGGUCUUGUACACCGAGGAGAGCCAGAGAGACUACGUCGAAUCGGCAAUUCAGACAGUUGUUCAGGUACAUAUGUGUGAAGGACCUGGAGAUGUACUAUUGUUCUUGACAGGCGAGGAAGAGAUUGAGGAUGCCUGCAGAAACAUUGCCAAGGAGAUUGGGAACUUGGGAGGCCAGGUUGGUCCCGCCACAAUCAUUCCUCUGUACUCGACUCUGCCUCCAGCCCUGCAGCAGAAGGUAUUUGAACCUGCUCCCGGGAGGACCAGGAAAAUCGUGGUAUCGACCAACAUUGCCGAGACGUCGCUCACGAUCGACGGCAUUGUCUACGUGGUCGAUCCAGGUUUCGUCAAGAGGAAAGUCUACGAUCCCCGCGUUGGAGCGGAGUCACUUCAGGUGACCCCUAUCUCCAAGGCUAGUGCCGAGCAGAGGAAGGGUCGAGCAGGCAGGACGGCCCCGGGGAAGUGCUACAGGUUGUACACUGAGAAGAGUUUUGAUAAGGAUCUGCAGUCGCAGACCGAUCCGGAGAUAGUCAGAUCGAAUCUAGGGACGACUUUCCUGACGAUGAAGAAGCUGGGGAUUGAUGACCUGGUGCACUUCGAUUACAUGGACCCACCCGCCCCCAAGACGCUUGAGCGAGCUCUGGAGAUGCUGUACUACUUGGGCGCCAUGGAUGACGAGGGCAACCUGACGAAGCUGGGGCGGAUCAUGAGCGAGUUUCCGUUGGAUCCUCAGACGGCAAAGGCGCUGAUUGUUAGUCCAGAGUUCAAUUGCUCCAACGAGAUCCUCUCUAUCUGUGCCAUGCUAUCAGUUCCCAAUUGCUUUGUCCGCCCUCCCAAGGGGGAGGCUCGAAGGAAGGCUGCUGCCGAUGAAGCCAGAGCUCGGUUCGCACACAUCGAAGGAGAUCACCUCACUUUGCUCAACAUCUACCACGCGUUCAAGCUGAACAACGAGGAUCCUUCAUGGUGCCACGAGAACUUCAUCAACUACAAAGCCAUGAAGUCUGCCGACAACGUUAGGCAGCAGCUCGCGCGGAUCAUGUCGAGGUGUAGCCUCAGGAUGUGCAGCACCGAAUUCGGCAGCAGAGAUUACUACGUCAACAUAAGGAAGGCGAUACUGGCGGGAUGUUUCAUGCAAGUGGCUCAUCUGGAGCGAAGCACUGGACGCUACCUGACGGUCAGAGACAACCAAGCCGUGCACUUACAUCCGUCGACGUGCCUGGAUCACAACCCUCAGUGGGUGGUCUACAAUGAAUGUGUUGUGACUAGCAGGAGUUUCAUCCGGACGACGACGGACAUUCGCGGCGAGUGGCUUGUAGACAUUGCUCCUCACUUUUACGAGAUGGAGAACUUCCCCGAGUGUGAAGCCAAGCGGGUUCUGAAGACGUUGUACAAGAACAGGAGAUGA